AUGCGAUACGUCUAUCUUGAAACAGAGGCUGCGGUGACAUAUAUAUAACCAGGGAGGUUUUAGACAAGCUCUUGAAGUUCCUUUCGUGCAUUAAGAACAGGGGAGACCCAAAACAUGGGAGAUGGUAGCAAGAUGGGAUAUCUGUUCCUCGUACUCCUCGUGCUCGCAAGCGUAUGCUUGUUUGCAUCUUCAACUGAUCCACUUCAUGAUCACAAGCCCCUCCACUCAGACUCAACAACAUCAAAAACAGAUCUUCUGCACGAGAACAGUACGGGAGCGACAGGCACACAUCAACAUGACACCAGUAGCAUUGGUGAUGAUUCUAGUGAAAGAAGUGGUAUAGUACACGGCAGCGAAUUUGCCCAUGGCUCAGUUUAUGGAGGUACACAUGGUGGAGCAACUGGGGCAGCUGACACUUCGAAUGGCGGUGGUGAUGAACAUGGAAGUGGAGCGGUUGUCGUAACUGGUGCUGGAAUGAAUCACCACCCAAACAAACACCACAAUGCUGGCAGCCACCAGGCGAACGGCAUUGUGCUUCCAAUAUUGAUUACGACUGCCUUGGUCACUCUCAUUGUUCAUUAAGCUAAAAUAACGAGGUUGAUGAUGCUUUGUACUUGCAUGUCACUCGGUUUUGGGUUGUGUUUGUAGCAUGCAUUCCUGUGAUAUAAAAGUCAGUUGUGCGGUUUGUAAUGUA